AUGGCCGUGCUGAAAAAUUCCCGAACCGAAGCACUAGAGAUCAGAUGGAAGUCUACAUCCAAUAUAAUACUAUCGGUUUUCGACGAUCUCCAAGAAAAUAAACAGGAACCGUCGGAAAGCGGUGAUUUCAAUAGUUUUCCGGUGCACAAAAAAGCGUAUGUCGUUACCGAACUUCUGAAAAAUUCCACUGUCGAAGCACCAGAGUUUGGGUGGAAAUCACCGACCGAUAUUACGCGGCUACCGGUGGUCGACGAUCUCGGGGAAAAUAUACAGGAACCUCCGGAAAGCUGCGAUUUCCAUAGUUUGCAGCUGAAGAAGAGAUCUCUGUCACUACCCAAUAUGACCGUGGGCGCAAAUUGCGAUGCUUCCGAGGUUGGAUUGCGAUCAGUUACGUCCGUGGAGUUGCCAGUUUCCGACGAUUCGCCUUAUGCCGGAUCGUCUAUUACCACAUUGAUGACACCAGCAGAAGAUAACGGAAUCGAGACACCAUUAUCCGACUGCUUGCGGCUUGUGAUAACCGCGGACACGGUAACCCACGACCACAGUAGUGAUGAGGGGACGGAACCGACGGUAACCGCAGUGACAUAA